AAUGGUUUAAUUAAGGACCAGAAUGCGGCCAGAAAUUACUGGGAAUGUGCAAUAUGUCUUGAGGUUUUAAAAGACCCUGUGCAAAUACGAGAUUGUGGACAUCAAUUUUGUGAGCUCUGUAUUGAAGAUAUUCUCAAGAAUGAUCCUAGGUGCCCCACCUGCAGAAUUGACAUAUCAGGUGCCAAGAUAUUUGAAGAUCAAGCAGCAAGGAGAGUGAUCAAACAACUUGAUGUCAACUGUUGUAAUGAAGGAUGUAGCUGGGUGGGGUGUUUAGGUUCUUUACUACAGGAUCAUCAGAAUAGCUGCCACUUUUUGAUCCGCAGUGCAGAAAACAAUAAUCAACUUGAUGUUAGUAAGCUUGAGCAGAAGCUUGAAAGCCUCAUGCUGAAAGUUAAUACCUUGGAGAAAAAGCAUGAAGAAGAUAUUAAAAGACUGAAGUUAGAGCAUGAGAAUGAGUUGAAGCAAGUCAAAGCAAAGCACAAGGAAUCAGAAGAUUUUUUGAAGCAAUUAAUUUCAAAGCUUGAUGAAGAUGUAAAGGGUCUCAGAUUCAGAUAUGAAGUCUUUACGUCAAGAACAACUGAAGCUGCACAUGCUCCACAGGUAGUUCAGCAACCUCCACCUGGCCAACAACUUGAACUAGCAUACACUUGGAAGAUAGCAAACUUCACAAGAAAGCUUGCCCAAGCAAACUCGUAUAAUGAUUGGGGCGAAAUUGAGAGUGAACCUUUUUUCUCCAGUCACGGUUAUAAAUUGAAGUUGACGUCCAAUUUGAACGAAGGACCCAGUGGCAAUAGGGGAUACUUGGGAAUUUACCUGAUUUUGAUGAAAAGUGAUCGAGAUGAAACACUUCCCUGGCCUUUCACAAAGAAGUUUACCUUUGUUCUUGUUGAUCAGCAAGAUGACAUAGCGCAAAGACAAAACGUUCGAUGCACUUUGUGGCCGCGAGGAGAAAACGAAUUUCAAAGACCAAGACAACGCGAGAAUACAGGUGUGGGGACGCGGAACUUUGUUAAACAUUCAACUCUACGUACUCGUCAAUACAUCAGAGACCACGCUGUGUUCAUCAAGAUCGUGGUAGAUCCAUAAAUGGCCAUGCAUAAGCAUAUAACGGUACUAAUUUUU